AAGAUUAUCAUCAAUUAAACGACGAAACAAGUACUCACCUGAACUCAAUCGAACUUCAGAAGAAUCAAAUCAAAAGGUCUAAUAGAACAAAACUCAAACUCAGUAUGAAAUUUCAAUUAAUUAGUGUUGCAGUGUUGAUUGCCACAAUUUGCUUAAUCCAAAAUGCUCAGACACUCGGUGUUGGUCCAGUUGGUCCACCUUCAUUUUGCCCAAUCCACUCGAGUAUACUCGCAACGGAAGCCGCUAAAGUCGAUACGCCGGAUCUCCCAGCGGACCUCAAGAUAAGAUUGGAUGCGGUCGUUGAUGAUUCUACCAAAGCCUGUACCACCUGUGAAGGCUUAAUUGUUUGGCAAAAUAAAGUUUGUGUCAUAAAUAAUUUAAAAUCAAGCCUCCUGCAAAUACAACAAAUUCAAGCUGAAGCUGACGCAAGACUCGCUACAAGUGCUCCUGCUGCUGCUCCUGCGCAGUAAAAAUAUAAAUUGCAAAUAAAAUGCACAUUUUAAUUGCUGACAAAAUGAGCUUUAAAUAUAAUUAUUCGUGUUCAAUCUUUAUAAAUUAUCAUAAAAAUACAUUAAAAUAAUAAAUAAUUAAAAAUUGCAUUCAAAUUCAA